AUGAACUUGAACGAAGGAAUCUGCGUCCCGCGUCGUGACCUGGAGGUCGCCGUGGAGCCGCGCGACCGGCCGGUGUGUUACCCCGGAGCUAACAAAAAUUUGAACCAAAUAUUGGACAAGUUGUGGGUUUUACUAACCAGUUCAGUGGGCUGUUUUACGAGGAGCCCCCGAGAGAGUACUGUGGCUAAGCUGUCCCAUUGGCCGCCGGAUGUGCAGCAGCAGCAGCAGCUUCGCGUUUCCGUCUUCAAGACUGUGUCCGCCGCAGCCGCUGCCUCCCAAUUGACUUCGCAGUUGGCCCGGGCCUCCGAGUCGCGGGCUGUGGCUGCCAGCGGCCGCCUUGGAAGCCGACAGCAGCAGCAGCAGCAGCAGCAGCACUUCGCCUCUAUGAAGAAACGGAAGGCCACCGAGGACCCCCCUUCGCAGCCAGACCCCCAGGGCCCCGCCCCUGGGGAGUUCGGCGAGGGGGAGGACCCCAACAAGCCAGUGCGGAUAUACACGGACGGGGUGUACGACCUGCUGCACCUGGGGCACAUGCGGCAGCUGGAGCAGGCGAAGAAGAUGUUCAAACAUGUUUAUUUGAUGGCUGGAGUGGCCUCGGACGAAGAGACGCACCGGCUGAAGGGCCAAACUGUGCAGAGUCUCGAAGAACGCGCGGAGACUCUUCGCCACAUAAAAUGGGUCGACGAAGUCAUCGCGCCCUGCCCCUGGAUCAUCACUCCCGAGUUCGUCGAGAAGCACCGCAUAGACUACGUCGCGCACGACGCGGAGCCGUACUCUGCAGUGCAGAAGUGCAAAGAGAAAAAAAAAGAUGACAGAAAAAGGCGGAAGAACAGCAGCCCUGCAGAGGCUGAGAGCGGGGACAUCUACGGGUGGCUGAAGAGCAGCAACAAGUUCAGGGCCACCGUCAGGACUCAGGGAGUUUCCACCACUGACAUCAUCGUCCGCAUUCUCCAGAACUACGAGGACUACGUCGACAGGUCUCUCUCUCGAGGAGUGAAGCCCAAAGACAUGAACAUUGGCUACACAAAAGCCAACGCAAUUAAGGUCCGCAGGGGCCCCUCUAACCCUAUUCCUAAGGGCCCCUAA